AACACCAACACAGUGUAUAUUUUUAAUAUUGUUAUUUUGUCGUCUGGCAAUACUGUCUCUCUCUCUACCCACCUACCUACGUGUGUGCAUUGUUAAUCAUCUAAUAAUUAAUAAAAGUGCAGUAAAAUACAUAAUCAGCGUAUAAUUCAAGCGUAUACAGUCCCGCUUCGCAACAUGGUCCUUCGGCUUUAAAGGAUCCAACGGGGGAUACACAAAUCACGAGCUGUUGGCAGAACAAAUACGGCGCGACGCGCUCACCAACUCGUUCCCGCCACUAUUUCUACGGGUCUUCGGUUCGGCGAGUGCGCGAUUUCGUGUCGGUCCAGCAAGCCAGUGCAUAAAAAACUAGACAGUGCAGUGCGUUAGUGCCGUUACGAUCAUACAAAGACAUCAAAUCUGGCAGAUUUGACGACGCGACGACUUCGCGCUCAUCAUCAGGUUCCCGCCAUUACGACGGUGAAUCGGCGCGAACGCGCUAUUUCGUGUCGGCUAGUGGUGUCGGCCAAGUUACGAGGUUCAUAGUCUGUGAACGCGACACGUCAAGCAAGCAGGGUGAAUAUUCUGAGCGCUAGGGACAGCAAGUUCGACAACUAGCGCCAGCGGCGAGCCUUGGAACUACGUGUGGCGGCCAAGCGGCGAACAUCGGCGGCCAUUCUGACGGUUUACUUUUUUCACUUGUCAAAAAUUUUCUCGUUGGAUUCAACAACUUUGCGUCGAAGUUAAUUUAUUAGUUUUUGCGAUUUAAAUCAUUGAAAAAGUAACUUAUAUUGUGUAAAUUUGUUCGGAACUUAAGUAUUUGUGUUAUAACCAAAGAUUUAACUGUGUUCUGUUGUUUGUAAAUAAGUAAAAAUGGAGAAGUUACAAGAGCUUGUGUCAAGAAGGCGUUACACAAAAGAUCUCCCAACAUCGAGAGCCUACCAAAUGGAGAGAGACACCGCCAUGGACCCUACCGUGGAGGACCUGCUCAAGUUUAUUGACAAGCAAGCACUGGCAUUGGAAAAUGUGGGGCCGGCCUGUGGCCAGUCGCAAUCACCACGACACACCAGUCAGCAGCAGCACAAGGAGCAGCGUCCAGCAUCCACGGGCAAACCGGUAGCGUACACUGCAGCGCAGGAGGCAUCAUGCUUACUAUGCUAUGCUGCCACCGGAGUCGACGAUCUACGAGUCUGCAACGCCGCCUAGCGGAGCGCAGCCCUCGGCGCCAGGUGCCCGGCAUCCACAGCUCAUCAUCACGCAGUUCGGCUAUGUAAUCGGGGGAAGCCUGCCUACACAAGUCUGCAAUAAGGUAGCAGUUUUUAAAUGCACAUGUGAGUCAGAUAUUAAUGAAAAUUUAACGAAUUUUUGGAAGAGUGAGUCCGUUCCAGAAAUUUAUAAUGAAAAGUCUUCAGAGCAAGAGCUCUGUGAGUAUGUAUUUCAAAAGACUGUUCAGUUGAAGGAUGAUUGUUUUGAGGUUGCUUUGCCCUUGAAACUGCCAUUAGAAGAUGUAAACGAUGCUCUCGGAGAUUCAUUUCAUUUCGCGUUAAAAAGGUUUUUAAACCUCGAAAAGAAAUUGCACAAAGAUCCCAACCUUUUCAUAGAGUAUCAAAAGUUUAUACACGAUUACGUAAACUUAAAUCACGGGCACUUCGUAGACAUUGAGAGCUACCAGCUUAGUAAGGACGCAGUGUACUUUCUGCCGCAUCAUGCGGUACUCAAGCCUGACAGUAAGACCACUAAGUUGCGUACUGUUUUCGACGCCUCAAUGAAAACAAAUAAGAAGGUAUCGCUUAACGAUUUACUGCUAAACGGACCGACCGUACAGAGAGAUCUUUUCGACAUACUGCUCUUGUUCCGUUUCGGUAACUAUACGUUCACUACGGACAUAAAACAAAUGUUCCGCAACAUCCGCGUAAUACCUGAGCAUACUUCCUUACAGAACAUUCUAUGGAGAGACAGCCCCGACGAGACCAUCAAGUGCAUUAGGCUGGAUCGAGUAAGCUACGGGCUGAAGAGCUCUAGUUAUCUAGCCACGCGGUGUUUGAAAGAGCUUGCUAUGCAUAAUGAGCGCGAACUGCCCUUGGCUUCGUUCAUUUUAAACAACUGCACGUAUGUAGAUGAUGUACUGUUCUCAAAUAGUGAUUUAGACUUGAUAGUAGAAGCAAAAUCACAGCUUCAGCAGUUACUGAAAAAAGGCAGUUUCAAGUUACAUAAAUGGUCAGCAAAUGACAGUAGAAUAUUAGAAGAUAUUCCCUCAACUGAACGGCAUUUUGACGAGUUAGAAUUUCAAAAUGACAACUGUAGUAUAAAAACCUUAGGUUUACAGUUGAUUGUGCAUCAGGACAAGUUUAAGAUAGUAAGUCCAGAAUCAUGCGAUGCAGAUAAUAUUACGAAACGCGAAAUAUUGGCGUACAUAGGAAAAUUCUAUGACCCGAUGGGUUUUGUAGGACCUAUAGUUGUACAGGCUAAGUCUAUAAUGCAGAAAUUAUGGUCCAGCAAAUCAGACUGGGAUUCCACGCCUGACGAUAACAUUAAAUCAGAGUGGACAGAAUUCUUAUCUAGUCUAGCUAAAAUGGAUCCGAUUUAUAUAAAUAGAAAUGUACAGUUCUCUGAUUCAGAUACAGUGGAACUCAUAGGCUUCUCUGAUGCAUCCAGUUCGACUGCAUACGGCUGCUGUGUGUAUCUGCGCGUCACCGACAAUGAAGGUAAAGUACAUAUGCAUUUACUCUGCUCGAAAUCCCGCAUAAAUCCUCUCCAGAAUAAAAACCUAACCGUGCCACGCUUAGAAUUAAACGCUGCGCUACUCUUGUCUGUGUUGAUUGCUAAGGUUACAAACACGCUUAAAUUGAAACUAAAGAUAAGUAGAAUUUACUUGUUUACUGAUUCCCAAAUCGUGUUGGCUUGGUUACGGACUGAAGUGAUGAAGUUGACGGCUUAUGUGGCGAACAGAGUGAAAGCUAUAACUAACAAUACUGCUGACUGUCAAUGGCUGUAUGUCAACACCAAGGAGAACCCCGCCGAUUAUAUAAGCAGGGGCGUCAGUCCACACGAGCUUAGUGGCUGCGAUAUGUGGUGGCAUGGGCCUCGAUUUAUGCAUGACAGUAAGUACAAGUUUGAUGAAAAUAUAGAGUUACCUGCAGAAUUACCUGAGAGCAGAGCCAGCGCAGCGAUCUCCUCCAACGUAGGGUCUGCGGCUCGUCCAGUGUCCGACAUAAUGCAAGGUAUACACAAAUAUUCUAGCAUCCAAAAAAUGGUACGUGUCUUAGCCUAUGUGUUAAGAUUUAUUAAUAAUUUAAAAGGCAGUAGGGUCUCGCAUAACUUUUUGUCGAGUACAGAAUUAAACUCUGCGCUAAUGUUGCUCAUUAAGUAUGAACAAGAGUUAUAUUUUAAAGAUGAAAUUGAAAGUUUAAAGAAAAAUGAAUGCGUCAAAGGCUCGUUAUUAAAUUUGCAUCCGUUUCUAGACAACCUAGGUAUUUUGCGUGUAGGCGGCAGGUUACACCACGCUAGUAUACCGUACGCACAAAAACAUCAGGCAAUAUUACCUAGAGAAUCGUACGUCACAGAGUGUUUGGUAAGAUCAGAACACGAACGCUUACUACACGCCGGACCUAGGCUGUUAUUGUCAAAUAUAAACCAGAAAUACUGGAUUACUAACGGCUUAUUGUAUGUUAAGAAAAUUACAAAUAAAUGUAUAAAAUGUUUCAGGCAGAAGGCCACAGCUUCCAAGCAGCUGAUGGGUUCCUUGCCGGCCGGCAGGGUGACUGCUUUGAGCCGUCCCUUCGAGAAAGUUGGAGUAGAUUUCGCAGGACCUAUAAAUGUAAAGCUCUCGCGCGUGAGACGAUCAGUCAUAGGUAAAGGCUACAUUUGUGUGUUUGUUUGUUUUGCCACUAAGGCAAUACAUCUAGAGCUAGCCUCAGAUCUCACAACCGAUACCUAUCUCGCGUGCCUACGUAGACUAAUAUCAAGAAGAGGCCUGCCGAAAGAAAUCUACUCUGACAAUGCUAGCACCUUCAAGGGGGCAAGGAACCAGUUGGUUGAACUUUAUAAGUUGUUCUCUUCCAAAGACCACCAAAGUAAAGUUAUGCAAUUUACAGCUGAAAAAGGGAUUGACUUUCAUUUUAUUCCCAGUCGUUCACCGACGUUCGGAGGCCUUUGGGAGGGUGCUGUAAAAAGUACUAAAUACCAUUUGCGAAGAGUAGUACAGAGUCACCAACUAACUUAUGAACAGUUGAACACUGUGUUAGUAGAGAUAGAAUGUGUACUUAAUUCUAGACCUUUGCUACCAAUGUCUUCAAGUGAUGUAAAUGACUAUAGUUAUCUGACCCCAGGUCAUUUUUUGAUAGGAAAUGCCCUCACAAUGUACCCAGAAAAUGAUGUAACAGAUGUUCCACAAAACAGGUUAAAAUUUUGGCAGUUAUGUACGCAAAUAAAGCAAUCAUUCUGGAAAAUGUGGCACAAACAAUAUCUCAAUGUGUUACAAAAUAGACCUAAGUGGUUAAAUGUUGCUCCUAAUAUUAAGAUAGGUACAUUGGUAAUUUUAAAGGAGGAUAAUGUUCCCUCCAUGUUCUGGCCAAUGGCUAGAGUGGUAAACACAUACCCUGGUCAUGACGGCCACGUUAGGGCCGUUGAAGUAAAAACUGCUAAUGGGAAAACCCAUACUCGAUCAAUAUUAAAAGUGUGUGCUCUUCCUUUAGAUGUAUAAUUGUUAUUUUUACUAUGUACUUAAUGUGUGUUUUCCUUAUGUGUAAUAAUUUAAUGUGUUUAGUGUCUUAUGUAUAGACCGUACAUGCCAAUAAGUCAAUGUCUCUAUUGUAACUUAAGUGUAACCUAACUGUAAGUAAUAGGUACAGAUUUUUAAAAUUGUAUUUCGUUAGCUAUUUGUUAGUAAAUUAUUGUAGGCGGCAGCAUGUUGGCAACACCAACACAGUGUAUAUUUUUAAUAUUGUUAUUUUGUCGUCUGGCAAUACUGUCUCUCUCUCUACCCACCUACCUACGUGUGUGCAUUGUUAAUCAUCUAAUAAUUAAUAAAAGUGCAGUAAAAUACAUAAUCAGCGUAUAAUUCAAGCGUAUACAGUCCCGCUUCGCAACAC